CUUCACUUGAGCGCCCCCACCAAAAACUCCUGGCGCACACUGGCGCGCGGGCCACGCUCCCGUGGCUCCUCGCGAUGGCAGCGGCCCCCGAGCCUGCGGGGCGUCACCUGGGCCGACGUCGCACCUCCCGCCUCCGGCCCGGGCCGAAGUGAAGCUGCGCGCCUUCUGACGUCAUCACCGGGCGCCGCGGCCCCCACCUCCUUCCACUUCGCGGGAGAAGUUGUUGGCGCGAAUGGAUCGCGAGUCCCGGUAACGGAUUCCCCAGCCGACAGGCCUGCUCGCCCGCGCCUUAGUCCGUGGGCUGCGAUGGAUAUUCGGAAAUUCUUUGGGGUUAUACCAAGUGGAAAGAAACCCGUAACUGAAACAAUAAAGAAGAAUGAGAAAACAAAGUCCGCUGAAGAAACUUUAAAAGCAAAAAAAGGAAUAAAGGAAAUCAAGGUAAAUAGUUCUUGUAAAGAAGAUGACUCUAAACAGAAGCAACCAAACAAGAAAAAGAGGAUCAUCUAUGAUUCAGAUUCAGAAUCAGAGGAGACAGUGCAGAUAAAAAAUGCCAAAAAGCAACCAGAAAAAUUGCCAUUGUCUUCUAAACCUGGUAAAAUUCUGCGCCAGGAUCCUGUUACAUACAUUUCAGAAACAGAUGAAGAAGAUGACUUUAUGUGUAAGAAGGCAGCCUCUAAAUCAAAAGAGAAUGGAGGAUCUACAAAUAGUUUUCUUGGAGCAUCAAACAUGAAAAAGAACGAAGAAAACACUAAGACCAAGAAUAAACCUUUAUCACCAAUAAAACUUACCCCCACGUCAGUGCUUGACUAUUUUGGAACUGGAAGUGUCCAAAGAUCAGAUAAGAAGAUGGUAGCGAGCAAAAGAAAAGAGCCUUCACAAAAUGCAGACGAUUCCAGAUUAAAUGAUGAAGCCAUCGCCAAGCAGUUGCAACUUGAUGAGGAUGCAGAGCUGGAGAGACAACUGCAUGAAGAUGAAGAGUUUGCCAGAACAUUAGCCAUGUUGGAUGAAGAACCCAAGACCAAAAAGGCUCGGAAGGACCCAGGAGAGAGAGAAGCAUUUUCACCUGUCCAAGCCAAUUUAAGUAAAGCAGAAAAACAUAAAUCUCCUCAUAAAGUAAAAACAGAACAAUUUUCAGAUGACAGAAAGAACUGCAGCCCCAAGAAGCAAACUAAAUGUGAAAGUUUGAUAGGAUCUCAGCAACAUUUGAAGUCAUCCCCUCACAAAAUAGGAGAAACUUCUCCAAAAGCCAGUUCCAAGGUGGCCCUUUUGAAAAAAAAGGGAGAGAGUUCUUAUAAAGAAACAGAGCCUAUGGUUUCAAAAAGAAAAGAAAAUGCUGUUGAAUUAAAAGGACAGACAAAAACUCCUAAGAAACCCAAAAGUUCUCCAGCUAAAAAAGAGUCUGUAAGUCCUGAAGAUUCUGAGAAGAGGCGCACCAAUUAUCAAGCUUAUCGAAGCUACUUAAAUCGAGAAGGCCCCAAAGCUCUGGGCUCCAAAGAAAUACCAAAGGGAGCUGAAAAUUGCUUGGAAGGCCUUACAUUUGUAAUCACAGGAGUGCUGGAGUCCAUUGAACGAGAUGAGGCCAAGUCUCUAAUUGAGCGUUACGGGGGAAAAGUAACAGGAAAUGUCAGCAAGAAAACAAACUACCUUGUCAUGGGUCGUGAUAGUGGACAGUCCAAGAGUGAUAAGGCAGCAGCCUUGGGGACAAAUAUUAUUGAUGAAGAUGGCCUGUUGAACCUGAUUCGAACUAUGCCAGGCAAGAAGUCUAAGUAUGAAAUAGCCGUUGAAGCCGAGAUGAAGAAAGAAAAGUCCAAAUUGGAAAGAACACCUCAAAAAAAAGACCAAGGAAAAAGAAAAAUUAGCCCAACUAAGAAGGAAUCAGGAUCUAAAAAAAGCAGACUGACUCCCAAAAAGGACAGCUCUAUAAAGUCAGUAAAAAAGGAAACAAGUGUGCUUUGGAGAUGCCUGGACUUCAAGGAGGAGGUGGCCGAGGGGACAAAUGGUGACAGCCGGGCUAGGAGUUUGGCUGAUGACAGCCCUGAAAACAAAGUGGAAGAUUUGCUCUGGGUGGAUAAAUAUAAGCCAACCUCGCUCAAGACCAUAAUUGGACAGCAAGGUGACCAGAGCUGUGCCAACAAACUCCUGCGCUGGCUCCGGAACUGGCACAAGGGUCCGUUGGAAGAUCAGAAACGCGCAGCAAAGUUUGGUAAGUUUGCUGGCAAAGAUGAUGGCUCUAGUUUUAAAGCAGCGCUGCUCUCAGGCCCUCCAGGUGUUGGCAAGACAACCACAGCUUCUCUGGUUUGUCAGGAAUUGGGAUAUAGCUAUGUGGAACUGAAUGCAAGUGACACUCGGAGUAAGAACAGUUUGAAGGAGAUUGUUGCUGAAUCACUGAAUAAUACCAGCAUCACAGGCUUUUAUUCAACUUCGCAGCAUGGGGCAGACGGAGCAGCCCAUGUAAGCACGAAGCAUGCUCUCAUCAUGGAUGAAGUAGAUGGCAUGGCAGGCAAUGAGGACAGGGGAGGAAUUCAGGAAUUAAUUGGUCUGAUAAAACAUACAAAAAUUCCCAUUAUUUGUAUGUGCAAUGAUAGAAAUCAUCCCAAGAUUCGCUCUUUGGUUCAUUAUUGUUUUGAUCUUCGUUUUCAAAGACCACGAGUUGAACAGAUUAAGGGUGCUAUGAUGUCUAUUGCAUUUAAAGAGGGUUUGAAGAUCCCCCCUCCAGCUAUGAAUGAAAUAAUUUUGGGAGCCAAUCAAGAUAUCAGACAGGUUUUACACAAUCUGAGUAUGUGGUGUGCACGAAGUAAGGCACUAACCUAUGACCAGGCCAAGGCUGAUUCUCAUAGAGCCAAGAAAGAUAUCAAACUGGGCCCAUUUGACGUUGCCCGGAAAGUGUUUGCGGCUGGAGAGGAGACCGCUCAUAUGUCACUUGUGGACAAGUCAGAUCUCUUCUUUCAUGAUUAUUCGAUAGCACCCCUCUUUGUCCAGGAGAACUACAUACAUGUGAAACCUGUAGCUGCAGGGGGUGACAUGAAAAAGCACUUGAUGCUUUUAAGCAGAGCAGCAGAUAGCAUAUGUGAUGGUGACCUGGUGGACCGUCAGAUCCGGAGUAGGCAGAACUGGAGUCUUCUGCCCACACAGGCCAUUUAUGCCAGUGUUCUUCCUGGAGAGUUAAUGAGGGGGUACAUGACCCAGUUUCCUACGUUUCCAAGCUGGUUGGGGAAGCACUCAUCUACCGGAAAACAUGAUCGUAUUGUACAGGACCUCGCACUGCACAUGAGUCUCAGAACUUAUUCCAGCAAAAGGACUGUAAACAUGGAUUAUCUGUCACAUAUAAGGGAUGCACUUGUACAGCCCUUGACCUCACAAGGGGUAGAAGGAGUACAGGAUGUUAUUGCUCUGAUGGACACCUACUACUUGAUGAAAGAAGACUUCGAGAAUAUCAUGGAAAUUAGCAGCUGGGGAGGCAAACCUAGUCCCUUCUCCAAGCUGGACCCCAAGGUGAAAGCAGCCUUCACAAGAACUUACAAUAAGGAAGUCCACCUUACUCCAUAUUCACUUCAGGCGGUGAAGACACCCAGACACAGCACAGGCCCAGCACUGGAUUCUGAAUACAGUGAAGAGUUAAAUGAAGACGACUCUCAAUCUGAUGAGAAAGACCAGGAUUCUAUGGAAACUGAUGCAAUGAUCAAGAAAAAGACAAAAUCUUCAAAGCCUUCAAAAUCAGAAAAAGAUAAGGAGUCCAGAAAAGGAAAAGGAAAAAGUUCAAAGAAAUGAAAUGAAACUGUUUUUCACUACUGACAGCCACUUUUUACUCACCCUGUUGACCAGUCUAGCUUGUCUAGAUAAUGCCUUGUUUUUUCCAAAGGAAUCCUAUUUUAGCAUAAUGGGGCAACUCAGUGGUCCCAUUAUAAAUAUAUGGUGGUACAGCUAGAGGGAUGUAACCAGUAGGCUAACAUACACCUCUUAUAGAGGUUGAUAGGACUGCUUGGGUCCUCCACUGUCCCCUGUCAAUCUAAUUAGAUUGUGCUUCAAAUUGACUGUAUAAUCAGAAACUACAUGUGGGCUUUGGAGUCAGAUUUUAGUAAACGAUAAUAUGCCUGGGAACAUUGGUAAUAAGGCAACUUUUGUAGGCUUAAGAAUUUAUCCUAAUGGCCUUUAUAGGACCGAUGCUGAUUUUUUUAAAAAGGUAGUUAUUAUGUGGUGAAAUUUUGUAAAUAAAUCAUAAUACAAAACAAUCACCACCUAGAACUGGUAUUCUUUGUAUAUUGUCAAAUAUCUUACAAAAUGUAAAUUACAAAAUGUUCCACAUGCCAUAUGUGCAAAUUCUUAAGAAUGUCAUCUUGAACAGUAAAAUAAGAUGUUGGUAGAUUACAUUCCUUAUUAGUUUGCAAAUGAUUGGGUAAAACGCUAACUCUUUUCCUCACUAACCAGCUGUGUGAAGCAGAACUUUGGCAGAUGGACAGUCAGAACUCUCAUUCCCAGCUCGAUUACAUCUGUGAGUGCCAGCCGUCUCUCUGUUGUGAACAGCAUGUCAUGGAGAGGCCUCUGUGGUAUCACUGCAGGGUACCGGGGGCGGGGGGCUGUAAAAGGAUUGCCAUAUUUUUAUUCUUCCAGAGUCUCAACUCACCAGGUUCAAACUAGUAGGGUCUAGUCUGGGUCAGAAUCUUAGUCCCACUCUGGCUUAGGACAAAGUGAAUGCUGGCUUUUUUUGUUUUGCCUCUGGGAGCUCUGGUUCUGCCCUGUGACUGAUUCCACAAACUGUACUGGAAUUUUAGGUUGUACCUGUUACUGUACUUGUUGAGUGGCUCUGAGGCUGUGAAAGUAGCCUGGAAUUUAGUUGUCUAGCUAUUUUGAAAUUUUGUCAGUAAAUGCUCAGAGUUAUGUGCUAAAAGGAGUAUAAAAUUAGGAUACUAUUUCCUCCCUUUAAGUAAUUGCCAGUCUGGUUUGGGAGGUGAGACAUAAAGUUCUUGAGAUAUUUAAAGUGUAUUUACGAGUGUGAAAAAUAUCUUUCAUGUAGACUAAGUUCAUCAUGGGAAUAAAAUGUUGCCUUCAGCCUUGCCCUCUCUUUGUUAAAGCCCAGCUUGAAACUUCUGCUUGUGAAGAUCUCCUUGAUUGACGACUGCCUCACCUCACCAAUGGGGUGAGCAUGGCUUUCUUUCACAUAUUCUUUUGUUUCUAUUGCUUUUUGAUAUGAAAGUCAUGUCUGCCUACUUGUUUUCUACUCUCCAGGAAAGGGAGUGUAAUCUCCUUGCAGCCAGAACAAUGAAUAUGAAUUUACUUGUAAAUUAUGAUUUUGUUAUUAAUUCUAAAUGCUCUGUGAUCGGCAUAAAUCAGUGUAUAAGAUUUUUAUAAAUAACUUUUAGAAUUCGAGAUUAUAAAUAUGCUCUUUAAAAUAGGAGGACAGCAUGGAUCUUGUGGAGCUACGUGUGCCACGUGUCUUUGCAGAAUAAAACUGCGUACUUCUUUUGAGA